AUGGAUUCAAACUCAUACAAUUUGACUCAAGAAAAUAUGACAAGAAAUACAAGUUUGACUUCAUUGGAAAGUGGAUGUGGUUAUUUAAAUGGACUUGAAGUAAAAGAACAAAUGGAUGUUGAAAUUGGUUUAUUUUCUAAUAAAAUUGAAAAGAAAAAGAAAGAUGCCAAAAUUUUUGUUAAACCUGGGAACGUCACUAAUUCUUUCGAGGAUUUGAUAGGGAAGACAAAUGACAAUGUUAAGAAAUCUUGGGGAUCUAUUACAAAUUGGUUUUCAUCAAUCAACUAUAACCGUCUUGCUUCUUUACUCAACAAAUUUUUGGCGGCAACAUUUUUGCUUCUCAUUUUUGUGCUUGUAACAGCUUUCUUCUCCUAUUAUUUUAUCUAUUUUAUUACUUAUUCUAUAAAUUCUAAAAAAUCUUUGGAUUCUACAAUAUUCUUUGGUUCUUUAAUAUUAUCAGCAUUUUUGUUAAUAAUCUGCUUUUAUUUUAUUUGUCUCCACAAAUCGAUGAGAAACCUCCACCCUUCUUUGACCAACUCAAAAUGCUUCUCUACUCUUUUUAAAAUUCUUCCAAACAUUUUUGUAUUCAUUUUAGCUCUUCUGUUAUUGAUAUUUAUGUUUUCUACUUUUCAUUUAAUUAUUACAUGGGUAACUGGUGAAGAUAAGUUUGGUGCUGAAGAAAAAAUUGGUGUGAUUUCUAUCGUGUCGCUUUCCUUCGUUUUGUUGCUUUACAUUUAUUUUGCUCGUUUAAAAGCUGUAAUGGAUAAUUACCCUUUUACAAUGGAUUCUAUUGAGAAAUUUUUCUUUAAGGAUUGAGAGAUUGGUUAAAAUUUACGAAACCGAGAAUCGAAAAUCGGUGGUUUUCUGAACCGAAGAAACCUGUUUUCGCCUGGAAUCUGGGCGACUUUAAUUUUUCUGGGCGACUUUAAUUUUUUUUAAUUUUUAGAAGGACCAAGAAAAUUAUUUAGCCAAUGUUUCGAUCUCUCCAAUCCUCUGAUAUAUUUUUUCCUUAAUUUUGUAUUGAAGUCGGCCUCUAAUUUAAAUAAUUUAAUAAUGCUCCUUUUCGACUCCCAUACGUUUUGAAUUUUUUACUCAGGGCAUUUGCCCUAUUUUAAACUUUUCUCCCUAUUUUUUCCCUAUUUUUGAGUGCCUCCGCCCUAUUUUAAUGUGUUGGAAAAGUUCACUCUGCUUCCAUAUUGACCCAAUGAUUAACCUAAAUUUAAAAAUCAUUUACAAAAGCAGUGGGAAGGAGUAUCAGGAGUGUGUGCCUAAACAGAUUUUAAAAAACGAAACAUGGAAGGCGAAGGCCCAAAAAAUGCGAAAAUCCGCGA